UAGUGGAGGUGGAGAUUCACAAUCCCACCCAGUCAAACUGCUCCACUCCAACUCAGAGAGAGACUCAGAGAUAGACAGAGAAAAAAAAAAAACUCUCCACAGGAAAACCGGGAGACACAAUGCUCAGCACCUCAUAGCAGACUCAGAAACCAAGUGGGAUACUCAUACACAUUCAUAGUCUGUUAGUUACACAUGUGAUGUGAUACGGAUGUCUGGAGGGCUUUAGUUGAAACUUCAUCUUUUUUUUUCCCCCAGAAGAGAAGAACAUUGUAUUAAAGACAGAAAGAUCAGAGGAUCUGGGAUUUUGUGUCAUUAUGCAUUCUAAUAUCAACGUGGUAUCUGUUGGCGUAAGCAUGUUGCUGGUGCUGUUCCUUUCUACAAACAGUGUAUUGUGCCAGCACGCCAGUAUGUUUUUGAGAGACUUCAAUGGGACAGAGGGGGUCUCCUACACUGCUGAACAGCUGAGCAUCUACAGCAUGUACUCUACACCUUUGAGCACCUUUUCGACAAUUUCCCCAAGUCUGCAAAUCCAAAAUAACACAACAAGGCCAAGACAAAACUAUCUUCCAAUGUGCCAUCAAAAAACUAAGAUCCAAGACAUUUUUCGGUAUGUUAACACAACGUUUUCCUGCCUGUUUUUCAUCAUUGGUAUGGUUGGCAAUGCCACCCUGUUGAGGAUUAUCUACCAGAAUAAAGGCAUGAGGAAUGGACCCAAUGCACUGAUCGCCAGUCUAGCUCUUGGAGAUCUGAUCUACAUUUCUAUCGCUAUCCCUAUCACCGUCUAUAAGCUAAUGGCUCAGCAGUGGCCCUUUGAAGACUCAGAUCUUGGACUCUUCCUUUGUAAACUGGUGCCAUUUCUCCAGAAAGCAUCAGUGGGAAUCACUGUCCUCAACCUCUGUGCUCUCAGUGUGGACAGGUACAGAGCUGUGGCUUCCUGGAGUCGUGUCCAGGGGGUUGGGGUUCCAAUGCUGACGGCUAUUGAGAUUAUCUCCAUAUGGGUUUUGUCCAUCAUCCUUGCUGUGCCCGAGGCUAUCGGCUUUGACAUGAUCACCUUCGAGUACCAUAAUGUGACGCGCAGGACCUGCAUGCUCUACCCUAAAUCACCAUUUAUGAUGUUUUAUAAAAAUGUGAAGGACUGGUGGCUCUUUGGAUUCUAUUUCUGCAUGCCUCUGGCUUGCACAGCAGUCUUCUACACAUUAAUGACGUGUGAAAUGUUACACAACAGGAAAGGAAGUCUGAGAAUAGCCCUAACUGAGCAUCUGAAACAGAGACGGGAAGUAGCAAAGACCGUGUUCUGCUUAGUUCUUAUAUUUGCACUGUGCUGGUUCCCACUGCAUCUAAGCAGAAUAUUGAAGAAAACGGUGUACAGAGAUGGUGACACAGGGAGAUGUGAGCUCCUCAACUUCCUGUUGGUACUGGACUAUAUUAGCAUUAACAUGGCAUCAGUAAACUCCUUUAUAAACCCAAUAGCUCUGUAUUUUGUGAGCAAGAAAUUUAAAAAUUGUUUCAAGUCAUGUCUGUGCUGUUGGUGUCAGAGCACGAACAGCAUGGUGCCAAUGAACGGGACAAGCCUACAGUAUAAAAUCCAGGAGCCUAACAACCACAACACAGACCGCAGCACACGCAAGGACAGUGAAAACUGAAAGGAACUGGUCGCACUACACAUCAGCACGGCAAACAAAGAUAUCAUUUACCCAGUUGUUAUGAAGUCAGCUUUAACCAAACGCUGCCAUUGACUGGAAAUAUGCAUUGCAUAAUAAAGCCAGGGACCUCUGGUUCAAGUAUCAGCUGCAACUGGGUUUGUAAAAGUCCAAAACACUCUAAGCUAAUAAGAAACUGCUCCACGUGUUUGUUUUCCCUUGAUGUGAAUGGAAUUCAGAACAUUCAUAGAUUUUAAGGAAAAGGAAACAUACUGGUGUUUUUAGCAUAAGCCCUUGAAUUCCUGUCAGUGCUGCAUUUAGCGUUUUUAGAAACAUAUGCAUUUUAUAUCAAUUAUGUAUAUAUUAGUAUAUUAUACCAGUAAUUAGACUCCGGGCAGAAGAAGGUUUGAGUUGGAGCGUUCUCAGAGGUUGCAAGAGAUUUAUGGUUUAAUUGCGUCAUAUCUGAUGUCACCAGCUUUUUCUUCAUUUCAGCAGGAACGGCGUGGGAGGUGGGUGGUUCUGGAUUAAACAAAGGGCUUUGUGGGCAAUUGUGUAUGACCAAUUGCUGCUCUUUACUGCAACAAAGGGGAACCUCAGCAAUACAUAAUAACUAGCCCUGAAGUGCAUUGCUUGUCUUUUUCUAAUUCUUGUACUGUAAUUGGAAUCAAUACAUUUAUUAAACAUAGCAUUUGCUUUGGGGAGAGAGAGGGAACAAGGUAGUGUGUGUGUGUUAGAAAGAUAUUAAUGUGUAUGUUGCAGACUCUCCCCGGGUGCCAUAGCUUUAAACUGAUAUUAUACCAGAAAUGUGUUAUUAUUGUAAUAUUAUACCCUGUUUUUUAAAGAUAGUAUGUGUGUUUGGGUGUUAGUUAUGUAUAUUAAUGUCAAACUGAUGCAGUGUUAUAUUAACACAAGACCAGCCUGUGUUAAACUCUCCUUUAACAAGAAGGUGCUAUUAUUCACCUUUACACUCCGAUGUGAGGACUGUCAGAACUCCUCAGUUAUAAAUCAGUGUUAUCAACAUGUUACACUGUGUUAAUCUCUUUAGCGUGUUAUACACCACAUUGCAAGUAUCACACACACAAGGACUCAAAGAGGUGAAUUCCGUUCAUUUCGCCUUUGAGGGACUUGAUUUGAAUCUGUCACUGUCUAACAAAUUUAGGACAGUAGUUCAUCUAUAAAAGAAAGCACCAAUUAAUUUGGCACUGUUGGCAUUAGGCAGUUGAAGGCAAAAAGGAUGGUUUUAAAACUGACCCCUUCAAAGAGGUUGGUGCCUUCAUUAUAAAAAAAAAAUGGCUUUUUUGGCUUGUGCUCCUUCUUCAUUAAUAAAUCCACCUUUCAUAGUCCCUUUACCAUAGUAAAAGCAUAGCAAAGUGUAAUAAAACAGUGAAAAGAAUAGGUAAGCAGUGUAAAGCAUAUUAAACACAGGAAACCAUGUUAAACGAGUAACCAUGGAAAAAUCACAGACAAUUUGGCAAAAUGACUGUGAUAAACUCAUAUAAGAGUUGUGUUACACGUUCCCAUGUGUUGCUACAACUGUUUACGUAAGGUGAGUGUAUUGUUUUAUUUAUUUAUUUAUUUUACAUUUUGACCACUUUUUUAAACUUUUAAAUUGCAUUCCCGGCCUCAAGAUGGCUUCACAUGGACCAGCAUGGACCUCUCAGAACUACAUUUCCCAUCAUCCUCCAGCUCACAUAUGUAACUGAGAUGGAUUUACCAGUGAGCAUACACCAGGGGUACUCAAUUACAUUCUCUGGCGGGCCAGAUAAGGCAAUGUCCAAACCUUGGGGGGCCAUAGUGUGCUCUAGAUGUUUGUACUGGUGGGGGGUUGUUUAAAUGGUCAUGAAAACCUGACUGUCCAAUCACACUUUACAUACAGUAACAGAACAUUGCAACACUGCACUUAAUUCCAGACUAAUACAUCUCAGAAAUAACUACUUACAAUGAUACAAUGUCUGAUCGCCAUUUAAUAAUAAAAAUAAAAAGCAAAUAUGUUUCAUUUUCAUUUUAUUAAAACUAGAAAAUGUUCUGAAAAUGACUGCGCAGCAAGCAUUCAAGUUAACUAAUGAAAGCACGUCAAUUAGUGAUCGCUUUAUUUAUGUUGUGUAAGCAUCUCAUUAAGCGCCUGAUUAAAAGUGUAGCACUGUGUCUAAAUAUGCAUGUUCUAACUCCAAUGUGUUUAAUAGUACAUAAAAAGUUUCUAAAUUAAAUACAUUAUAUCCAGCGUGCCAUCUUUGAGAGGCGUGCCGUAGGUACAUUUCUUACUGUUGCCAAAGGUUUUUUUAAGCCCAAAUAAAAGAUCUUUGACAGGC